UAGUAUUUAGUUUAUGUUUGUGACAUGUGAGACAACACUCACUGAGGAUCACUGGGACAUGUACAUAAUGUAUCUUAAAUCUUUUACACCUCUUUUCACCCCCACCACAUCCUGCUCACAUCUUGCUAUCUGCCCACCUGCUCUUCUUCCAACCUACCUGCACUGAUUGUGUGUACUCACACUUUCUCUACCCUCUCCCUUUCCCCACACUCCUUCUUUCCAUGGCACCCGUCCUGUCCUUAUUAAUUCAGUUUCUACUUCCAGACUGACCCUCCACUUUCUCUCCAUUUCUUCUUCUUCCUCCUUCCCCUCCAUGUGGAUCAUUCAGUUAACUUUGAAUUCUGAAGUUAAAGUUUGCCCUCUUGUUUCUCCCUCCCACUAGUAGGCAGGGCAAUGCUCUUACGAUUUAGACAGGGCAGACUGGAGCAUUCAGUGGCAGUGAGGGAGAAUCAGUGCUCCAGAAGCCACUGCACAAUGAGCGACUCUGCACUCAGCCUCUUCAGAUUCCCGGGCAGCGUCUCUGGGCUCCUCCACGUGGCCUCCCUGCUCGGCCUGCUUCUGCUGCUGUUCAAGGCAGCCCAGUUCUACCUGCACAGACAAUGGCUGCUCAGAGCUCUCCAGCAGUUCCCGUGUCCACCCUCACACUGGCUCUUCGGGCACAAGGUCCAGCCAGAUCAGGACCUGCAGCAGCUGCUGAAAUGGGUAGAGGAAUUCCCAAGCGCCUUUCCUCGCUGGUUCUGGGGGAGUAAAGCUCACCUGGUGAUCUACGACCCUGACUACAUGAAAGUGAUUCUGGGGAGAUCAGACCCAAAGGCCAAUUCUUCCUACAGACUCCUGGCACCCUGGAUUGGGUAUGGUUUGCUCCUGCUGAAUGGCCAGACGUGGUUCCAGCACCGGCGAAUGUUGACCCCAGCCUUCCACUAUGACAUCCUGAAGCCCUAUGUGGAAAUCACAGCCGACUGUGUUCGAGUGAUGCUGGACAAAUGGGAGAAGCUCAUCAAUCAAGACUCCCCUCUGGAGAUCUUUCAACACAUCUCCUUAAUGACACUCGACUCAAUCAUGAAGUGUGCCUUCAGCUACCAGGGCAGUGUCCAGCUGGACGGGAAUUCUCACUCGUACAUCCAAGCCAUUGGGGACCUGAACAACUUGUUUUUCGCCCGUGUAAGAAACGCCUUUCACCAGAAUGACAUCAUCUACAGUUUGUCUUCAAAUGGCCGAAGGUCCAAACAUGCCAGCCAGCUUGCCCAUGAGCACACAGACCAAGUGAUAAAGCAGAGGAAGGCUCAGCUGCAAAAUGAAGAAGAGCUGGAUAAGGUCAGAAAAAAGAGGCACCUGGAUUUCCUGGACAUCCUCCUGUUUUCCAAAACAGAGAAUGGGAGCAGCUUAUCUGAUGAGGAUCUGCGUGCGGAGGUGGACACCUUCAUGUUUGAGGGCCAUGAUACCACAGCCAGUGGCAUCGCCUGGACCUUCUAUGCUCUUGCGAUGCACCCCAAGCACCAACAGAGGUGCAGGGAGGAGGUCCAGAGCCUCCUGGGGAAGGGAGCCUCCGUCACUUGGGAACACCUGGACCAGAUGCCCUACACCACCAUGUGCAUCAAGGAGGCCCUGAGGAUCUACCCACCCGUUCCCGUUGUUAUCAGAGAGCUCACCAAGCCUGUCACCUUCCCUGAUGGAAAAUCUUUACCCAAAGGUAUCCCGAUCACACUGUCUUUUUAUGCCCUUCACCACAACGCAAAGGUGUGGCCAAAUCCUGAGGUGUUUGACCCUUCCCGGUUUGCACCUGAUUCUGCCCGACACAGCCACUCAUUCCUGCCCUUCUCAGGAGGAUCAAGGAACUGCAUUGGGAAACAGUUUGCCAUGAAUGAGCUGAAGUUGGCUGUGGCCCUGACCCUGCUCCGCUUUGAGCUGCGGCCAGACCCCACCAGGGUCCCCUUCCCUAUACCACGACUUGUGUUGAAAUCCAAGAAUGGGAUCCACCUGCAUCUCAGGAAGCUGCACUAACCCUGAGGAGGUUCCAGCUAUAGCCCAUCUUGAGCUGGGCGGGAAAGCCUUCUAUCUGAUCUGGCAUGAGGGGCUCAGGACCUUGCUCUUCACAGAUACAAUGAGUUGUGAGAAGAGGGCCCAGCCUGGCCAUGUCACCAAGUUACCUGUCAGCCUGCUUCACAUAUAGGACCUCAAAGCUCCUCAGGAGGCUUGGGGAGUGGACAGCGUCUGCCAAGAGCUGGGAAGAGCCUCAGCCGGUGGGAGAGGAUGCCAGAACCCAAGCAGCAACUCUGGCACAGUAGAGCCUGUGGCGGUCUCCCUGGCUGGCUACCCAGAAGGAUGAGGGGCAACCCUGCCCACACUUGGUGACUGCCUGGUUGCUGUAAUUCUGACUCUGGCCCUGCUCCCUGCUCACAGCCCUUUCUGUACUGCCACCAGAGUCCCUGGGCUGCUGUUCUUGCUUCUGUUUUGUUUUGUUUUUCUCCGGUAUC